AUGGGGCACCGUCAUUUCCUCAGCAAGAAACAUCCCUACCGGGAGAUGGAUUGUCAGUUUAAUGGGGAAAAGGAGCAUCGAGCGGCGCCUCUGCAUGUGACUGGAGAUCUGGUCCUCUUGCAAGUCAAGGACAUCAAAACUAUCGAGGAGUUACCCAAAAUGACUGAAAAAAUCCUUGGCAAAAGAAAGAAACGAGAUGGUGAAGAAGAAGAAGAUGGGAAAGGAAUUUGGAACAAGAAAUCAAUUCUAUGGGAGCUAGAGUAUUGGGAGCUGUUGGAUGUGCGUCAUUCGAUUGACAACAUGCACGUCAAGAAGAAUGUGUGUGAAAGCAUUUGUGGAACAUUGCUGCAACAGAAGUUGAAAGGAAAAGAUCAUAAAAAUGCAAGGGAGGAUCUUAAAGAUAUGGGCAUUAGGCUGGAGCUCUAUGCAGAGGAAACAGACACGGGGACAGACCUUCCCGUCGCUGCAACCACCUUGUCAAAGACAGAAAGAAAAGAAUUCUAUGAGUUUUUGCAUGGUUUGAAAGUACCUUCAGGCUACUCAUCGAACUUGAAGAGGCUAGUGUCGGUGAAGGACAUGAAAAUGAAUUUCAACUUGAUGAAAUCUCAUGAUUGCCAUGUGUUGAUGACAGCUCUUCUUCCUGUUGCACUUAGAGGUAUCAAGACAGUACAGGUUCGCGACGCGGUCACGAGCUUGUGUUUAUUCUUCAAUGCAAUAGAACAGAAGGUGAUUGAUGAGGAAGAACUAUUGAAGUUAGAGAGGAGGCAUUUCGAGACCCUAUGCAUGCUUGAAGCUACCUUCCCACCAACAUUCUUUGAUCUCAUGAUCCAUCUAACAGCACACCUCGCGAGGGAGAUUUGGUUCCUUGGCCCAUCUUACCUUCAUCAGAUGUUUCCAUAUGAGAGGUACUUUGGAUUCCUCAAAUCAUUGGUACAUAACCGGUCAUUUCCGGAGGGAGCCAUGGUUCGUGGCUAUGGGACCAUCGAAGCAGUGGAGUGGGCCAUGGGUUAUACGGACCCCCAAAACCCCAUUGGUGUGCCUCAUUCACGGCAUGAAGGUAGGCUUGCAGGUGUUGGGACCAUGGGGAAAAAGUCAAUCACUCCGGAUCCAGAUGCCUUCAACAAGGCUCAUUUCACCGUGAUACAACAGAUUGACCUGAUUACACCAUUUGCCAACGAGCACAACCAACAACUACGUGAAGAAAACCCUGCCCGUAGUGAGGCUUGGGUUGCAAAGAAGCACAUGCAAUGCUUCAGCUGGUGGCUCCGAGAUUAUGUCCAGAGAUGCAGCGCAGCUGUAACCGACAAUCUGAUAACGAAACUAGCAGUGGGGCCAUUAUUCACUGUUACAACAUACCAAGCAAUGGAUAUCAAUGGAUACACGUUCUACACCAUGGCCCAGGAUGCCAAGAGCGUCUAUCAAAACAGUGGUGUGCGUGUACGGGCCGUCGACAAUGACAUGCAGGCAGCCACAUAUUAUGGUCAAAUAGAGGAGAUAUGGGAGCUUGAUUAUGUAGGUUUCAAGGUAGCCUUGUUUCGGUGCAGAUGGGUCAAUGGGAAGAGAGGUGUGAGCAAGGAUAAAUAUGGGUUUGUUAGUGUUGAUCUGCGGGUCUUUGGUUACAAAGACGAACCGUUUGUUUUCGCCAAGGAUGUUGAGCAAGUGUUCUAUGUACCUGACCUUGCAAGGAAGAACUGGUGUGUGGUUAUGCCUGGAAAAAAAAGGAUUGUUGGGAUUGCCAAUGUUGUUGAGGAGGAGGAAUACAACCAGUUUGAUGAAAUUCCAUCCUUUGACACUUCAUACAUGCCCCGACUCGUGGCAACUGACAAAACACCGUACUUGCGAACCGACCAUCAUGAAAAAAUCCAUAUCCAGAAAUCAAAGAAAAAGCCAUCAGAGUGA